AUGCUGCAGGUCGGGGAUGAGCCGGUGUAUUUCUCGGCGGUGUUUCUGCUGGUGGCGCUGGGGACGCGCAGCGCCGCCGGAGCCUCGCUGCUCACCGCGAGCCUCUACGUGUUCAUGGUGAUGUUCCGCUUUCCCCCGGUGCCGGCGGACCAGGCCGGCCGCGUCCUCCGGCCCGGCGCUCCGUCGGGCGGCGUCCCGGUGGUGGCGCUGCGCGGAGGCAGCUGCGACGCUCCGGAGAACACCGUGGCCGCGAUCAGAGAGGCCAGUAGAAACGGGGCAACCGGAGUGCAGCUGGACCUGAGUUUCACAGCCGAUGGAGUGCCCGUACUGAUGCAUGAUGAGACUGUGGACCGCACCACCAAUGGCUCUGGACCAGUUAGCAAUCUGCCGCUGGUCCAACUUAAGAAGCUAGAUGCUGCUGCUCGUCACAGGCUGAAGGACAAGUUCAGUGGGGAGAAGGUCCCAACCCUGCAGGAGGCAGUGGAGGAAUGCAUCAGACACCAGCUGACCAUCUUCUUUGAUGUCAAAGGUCAAGCUGAUAAGGCUGCAUCAGUGCUCCAUGAGAUGUAUAAGAAGUUCCCUGUCCUGUACAAUUCCAGCAUUGUUUCUUCCUUUGAACCCAAAGUCAUCUACAAGAUGCGUCAGACUGACCCCGACGUUGUCACGGCUCUCAUCCACCGGCCCUGGAGGCUGAGCCGCUUUGGCGAUGGCUCUUCUCGGUCCCCGUCCACAUGGGGUCAGCUGUGGACGGGGUUUCUGGACCUCUUGUUGGACUGGGCCCACCACCACAUACUGUGGAAACUCUGCGGUGUCUCUGCCAUCCUCGUACAGAAAGACUUCAUCUCGCUGGACUACGUUCAGUACUGGGCGGAGCGAGGUGUGGAGGUGGUGGGCUGGAUCGUUAACACUGCUGUGGAGAAAGAGUUCUACCAACAUCUUCUGAAGAUUGGCUACAUCACUGACAGUCUGCGGGAAGACUGUGAUCCACAUUACUGA